CUCAGUGUUUCACGCGCCUGACUCUACGAAGGACUCGUCCCGUUUACAGGUUUAAAGAUGGGGCGAGCGCGAGGGACUUAUGGCAUCUAGCUUUUACUGACCGUGAUUUCGAUUUGUGGAUUUAUUGUAAGAGAAAAAUAGACAUUUACACAAAUAUUGUGGAGCUAUUUUUCCACACAAUUAUUUUUUUCCCGUUUAAGUUACUCGAGGCUGUGAAUGAGUUCCUGCUUCUUUUGUUUGACUCGCUGAGAAAGUUCCACAGAGGAAGGAUGUCGGGGUUUUGCAUGCCGGGGUUUUGGAUGUUCUUGACUCUGGCGCUGGGCUCCAGCGCGCACACAGACGUAGCCGUCCCCCGGUCGCAUGGAGACUCCGGCGGCGAUGGCGCGUCAACCCUGGCUUUUGUGUUCGACGUUACCGGCUCUAUGUACGACGACCUCAAGCAGGUGGUCGAGGGCGCCUCGGGCAUCCUGGAGCGCACCCUAAGCCGCAGAGCGAGACCCAUCAAAAACUUGGUUUUGGUACCUUUCCACGAUCCAGAUAUUGGCCCCGUGUCCAUAACCACAGACCCCAGAAAAUUCCAGAAGGACCUCCAGGAGCUGUUUGUCCAGGGUGGCGGUGACUGUCCGGAGAUGAGUAUUGGCGCGAUAAAGAAGGCCCUGGAGCUCUGCCUGCCUGGAUCCUUCAUCUACGUGUUUACAGACGCCCGCGCUAAAGACUAUCGGCUGAAGCGAGACGUGCUUCAGCUGGUACAGCUGCGCCAGUCUCAGGUUGUGUUUGUUUUGACGGGGGACUGUGGAGACCGGUCCCAUCCUGGCUACAGAGUUUAUGAAGAGAUCGCAGCUACAAGCUCUGGCCAGAUCUUUCACCUGGACAAACAGCAAGUCAAUGAGGUUCUGAAAUGGGUGGAGGAGACAGUGCAGGCCAUGAAGGUCCAUCUCCUCUCCUCAGACCAUGAGACUGGACAGGAAAGCCAGUGGAACAUGCCCUUUGACCCCAGCCUCAGGGAAGUGACUGUAUCGUUAAGUGGACCUGCCCCCCGUAUUGAACUCAGAGACCCCCUUGGUCACACUGUUGGAGACAGGCAGGGACUGACAGAACUGCUAAACAUCCCAAACUCAGCUCGAGUGGUCAGCCUAAAGAACCCUCGUCCUGGACUCUGGACACUGAAGAUCUCCUGCAGUGGGCGACACACUCUCAGAGUGACUGGAGUGAGUAAGCUGGACUUCAGGGCGGGCUUCUCCAGUGUCCCGGUCACGGAGUUCUCUAAAACCCGGGAGCGACCAAUCAAAGGUGUUCUGUCACACGUGCUGCUGAAGUGUUCAGGACUGAAGCCCCCAGGCCUGGUCAGCAGCCUGGAGUUGGUAUCAGCGGGCGGUCGCUCUCUGGAGAGGAUUCUGGUGCCUUUUCCUGCAGACAGAGGUGAACGUGGCCUGUGGGCCGUACCGGAGCUUUCAAGCCCCUCACAGAGCUUCUUCCUCAGAGUGCUGGGGAAAGAUGAAGAAGGCUAUGAUUUCCAGAGACUGUCCACUGUAUCCUACACCAACGUCAUCCCCAGGGCUCCGCAGGUGAGCAUGCCUGCCGAGCUCGUGGGCGUCUACAUGCAGCCUGCCCUGAUUCAGUGUUCUGUGGAGAGCGACCUGCCCUACAAACUCACCUUCACCAAAGAUGGCAAUGCCCUGGGACAGGAGAAGAGCUACCAGGCUUCUGGCAAAGCAUCAUGGGAAGUUGCUCAUGCAUCAGGGAGAGAUGAGGGAGUGUAUGAGUGUCUGGCACAUAGCUCUGCAGGCAUGGGUCAAGCUGUCACGCAGUUCACUGUAAGAGAGCCUCCUCCCGUCCUGCGUCCCCCUGUUAAUGUGACGGUGGUGGUGGGGGGUGUGGCUCUCCUGUCCUGCCACACAUAUGGCUCCGUGCGCUACAACCUGAGCUGGCACCGUGCUGGACGUCCUGUGACCCCGCACCCAGGCCUCCAAUUCCUGGCAAACGGCUCCCUGGAGGUCAGCGGCGUGCGAGCGCAGGAUGGAGGUCCAUACCACUGCGUGGCGUCCAAUGCCAACGGAGAGAGUCGCGCCGUCGUGUGGUUGCUGAUCCUAGAGGCCCCCACUGUUGUCGUCUUCCCCCAGGCUCAGAGCUUCUCCCUGGGGGCAGAGAUUCAAACUUCCUGCUCUGCGUCUGGAUCUCCAGCCCCUCGGGUCUUUUGGAGCCAUGGAAGCAAAUUACUCACCAGUCACCGCCGGACAACUGUCACCCAGACGGGCACUCUAGUCAUUAGAGAUGCUGCCCCAGAGGAUGCUGGGAACUACACCUGCCGGGCAGCCAAUGACGUAGGCACUGCUGCCCAGUCAGCUGUUCUCACCUAUGCAGAGGUGCCCAGCGUGUCGCUCGCACAGCGAGUGGUGACAGCGCUCAUCGGUGCGGAUGCGGCUCUGGAGUGCAGCGCCACUGGCACCCCACCCCCCCUGCUGACAUGGAGAAAAGGACGUCUGGAGCUCAGGUUGGAGCUGAUCACUGAGCAGGACCUUCAGCGGGGCGUGCUGCGUGUGCCGAGCGUGCAGGAGCAGGAUGGAGGAGAGUACACGUGUGAAGCAUCCAACACAGCAGGGUCCACGUCAGCCACCGCACUACUGAAGGUGGGAGCUGCUCCGGUCUUCUUCCAGUCUCCCCAGGACGUAACGGCUAACGUGGGGGAUAACGUGACCCUGCCAUGUGCAGCUCACGGUACCCCACCACCUUCUCUCAUGUGGCGUCGCCAGGACGACCGUGAGGUGCCUAGAGAGUCGUCCAAUCCUGUGGCCUCUCUGUCCUCUGCACCAUUUCACAUUCCAAGUGUCUGGGUGGAUGACGAGGGUGUGUAUGUCUGUGAGGCCAAAAACCAGUUUGGCUCCAUCACAGCCCAGGCCAGGCUGUCUGUCUCUGGUUUAGAGCCGCCCCUGUUGGCUCAGGGUUCAUCAGCCAUCACGGCGGUGGUUGGUGAAUCCGUAACCAUACCUUGCAUGCUUCUGGAGGGGAUACCUCUGCCUGAACGAACCUGGGCUCACAAUGGAAGACAGAUACAGGCAGGUGGAAGGACCUUCCGCAGGAGUGAUGGAAGUCUCCACAUGGACCGAGCUGCCUCAGAGGAUUCUGGGACAUACGUGUGCACAGCCAUAAAUGUGGUGGGAUCAGCCAACCGUACAGUCACCCUUCAGGUUCAUGUUCCUCCCCAGAUCAGUCCUGACCCUGUGCACUACGUGGCCCAUGAGGGUGUGGCCAUCUCUCUGCCGUGUCAUGCCAGCGGAGUCCCUAAACCCACCAUCGUGUGGUCCAAGGGUGAUGUGCCUGUCUUUCUGGACACCUCAGCCCCUGAGACUGAUGGUGGUCUCCUUAUCAGCAGACCUACUCUGGACCAUGCAGGCCUCUACAUCUGCACAGCCAGCAGCUCGGCCGGUUUUUCCAGCAGAGAGAUUCUUCUCUCCAUUUAUACCAAGCCCAGGAUCCUCGGUGCAGAUGAGCCUGGACAGAUGGUGAAGAUGGUGGCAGAGCUGGGGUCAGAGGUCAUCCUGCCUUGUGAAGUUGAGGGAAGUCCCACCCCACUGGUGUCCUGGAGCAGAAACGGACAGCCCAUCCCUCCAAUGACAGCGUGGUUCCUGGUGCUUCCCAACGGCUCUCUGAAAAUCAGUGAUUUACAGCUAAUCGACAGCAAACUCUACACCUGCUCUGCUACCAAUACAGCCGGCAACGUGUCUGUCACCUACAGUUUACACGUGCAAGCUAAACCGAAGAUCCAGGCUCCGCCCACCUCUUUGAGGGCUCGGAUUGGCCAGACAGUGGUGUUGCCAUGCGUGGUUCAGGGAGAACCAACCCCAGAGCACAGCUGGUUUCACAACGGACGUCCCGUGGGCAAUGAGAGGUCACUUAGGAUCCCUGCCAUACGGCACUCUGACAACGGCACCUAUACCUGCGUAGCCAGCAACAGUGCCGGGGAGGACCAUGCGGACAUAGCCCUGCAUGUGCUAGAGGCACCCUUCUUUAAGACGCACGGAGAGGCCGUCAUAGAAACUGUGGCUGGCAGGAUGGUUGUAAUUCCCUGUGCGGUACACGGAUCCCCUCCUCCUCGUGUCCACUGGUUUAAGGGUGGAUUGGAGGUCCAUAUGGGCCAAUCAGAACAUGGCGUGUCUCAGUUCCAGAACGGCUCUCUGUUGAUUGGUUCAGCAUCUGCCAGUCACAGUGGAGAUUACAAGUGUGUAGCCACCAAUGAGGCGGGCUCCACGGAGAAAACAACACGGCUGAAAGUCAGUGUUCCUCCAGAGAUCUCGGCAGACGGCCAGUCUGGAACCCUGACAGUCACUGUGGAACAGCCCCUCACCCUGGGUUGCCAUGCCCAAGGACACCCCAAUCCCUCCAUCUCCUGGACUAAAGACGACAAGCCUGUUCAGGCCUCCCCUGGCGUGUACCUGUACGGCGGGAGCAGGCAGCUGCAUGUUGCCCGGGUGCAGAGCGAGCAUGCAGGCGUCUACUCGUGCACUGCCGUCAACUCUGCAGGCCGGACGAGCAGGACCUUCUCAGUGGUGGUCCAGGCUCCUCCUGUAAUCUCCGGCAUGUCUGGAGUGCAGGAGAUCACUGUGGUGGCAGAACAGGAGGUGGAGCUGCAGUGUCGUGUUAGUGGGAGGCCUGCACCCACCAUAGAGUGGAGUCACGAUGGGGAGGUGCUGUCCCAUCAUGGCGACCCCCAUGUGGAGUUCCUGGAGCAGGGCCAGGUGCUAAGGAUAAAGUCAGUGAGGCCAAGGGACCAGGGUGUGUACCAGUGCACAGCCAGCAACAGCGCCGGCACACAGACGCGCCUCUUCCGGUUGGUCGUCCAGGUACCCCCGGCCAUCCGCAAUGGCGCUGGUGGCUCUGAGCUGACGGCAGUCCUGGGCGAGACGGCGGUCCUUCCGUGUGACGUGGAGGGGAGUCCCCCACCCAGCCUCACCUGGCUGAAGGACAGCCAACCCCUUGUGUCCAGCAGUCUGCUGAUGUACGUCCAGGGGGGACGCAUGUUGCGUUUGGGGGCCGUGCGCACAGAGGACGCCGGCACUUACACAUGUCGGGCCAAGAAUCCGGCCGGGACAGCGCAUUCGCACUACACGCUCAGCAUUCUGGUUCCUCCACAGAUUGAGGGAACCUCUACAUCGCUCGGUGCUGGCAGGAGACAACAGAAAGUACGCGUGAACGGCACUGCGACGUUGUCCUGCCUGGCCAAUGGACACCCAGAACCCACCACUCAGUGGUUCAGAGAUGGACAGCUGUUGGGGAGGGUGCCCCCUGCAGGCGUGCGUGUGGCCUCGCACCUGCUGCACAUUGAGAAUGCGUCUCGCUCGCAUGAGGGGCACUACUCCUGCAUAUCGUCCAACUCCGCUGGAGAGGACACGCGGGACUUCCACGUCAUCGUCCAAGUCCCUCCUGUCCUUCAUCGAGUGAGUCUCGGCACGUCCGGGUGGGCAGUCGGGGAGAGGGAGGAGGGUGAGGAGAGGAGAGAGAGAGAUGGAGGGGAGUCUGAGAGACGGGAGGUGGUGUUGGGGAGCUCCAUCAGUCUGUCCUGUGAGAGCAACGCUAUCCCUCCACCGCACCUGAGCUGGUACCAUGACGGCCGGCCGCUGAGCACUACACGCGGAGCCAUGCUUCUCGCAGGGGGCCAAGUCCUGCAGCUCCCCCAUGUUGGCCUGGAGGAUGCUGGGAAAUACACGUGCGAGGCAGUGAAUGAGGCAGGGGAAGAUCGCAUGCACUUUGACCUGGAAGUGCUUGUACCUCCUGUGAUGGCGGACCAGUCUGAGGAGUUUCUGGUGGAGGUGUCUGCUGUGGUGAACUCGAGCGUCAGGCUGCGCUGUGACACCACGGGGGUGCCUCCACCCUCCAUAUCCUGGUUUAGGGAUGGCCUGCCCCUCCAAAGCAACGCACGCCACCACAUCCAGGAGGAGGGUAAAGUCCUGCAGAUCAUGGACAUUCAGGUAUCAGACAUGGCAGGCUAUCUCUGCGUCGCAGAAAACAAGAUUGGAGCAGUGCAGAAACUUUACAGUCUGUCUGUGCAAGUGCCGCCGAGGAUUGUGGGUCAGCGGGAAGAGGAAGUGAGCGUUGUAGAGGGUCACAUGGUCUCUCUUCUGUGUGAUGUGCAAGCAUCUCCAGCCCCUGACAUCAUCUGGACCAGAGACGGCCAAGCUCUGCACUUCACUGCAGGCAUCCACAUCCUUGCAGGUGGUCAGAUGCUGCAGUUACCCAGGGUGACCCAGCAGGACACAGGCCAGUAUGUUUGCACGGCCACCAGCUCUGCCGGUCAGGAUCAGAAGAGCAUUCUACUUGCUGUCCACGUCCCACCAACCCUACUUGCCCAGCGUGACACAGAGUCAGAGGUCAUGAGCUCACAGGUGGGGUCGUCAGUUACCUUCCGCUGCGAGGCUGGAGGUGUCCCUGAGCCUGAGGUCACAUGGUACCGUAACGGUCUGCAGCUUUCAGAUGGGUCGGGCCUGCAGAUAGGACCACAGCAGCUGAGGAUAGUACAAGUACAGGUAUCUGAUGGUGGCAUUUAUACCUGCGAAGUGUCCAACCCGGCUGGACAGUUGAACCGCACCUUCAGGUUAAAGGUUCAUGUGCCUCCCGUAAUGGAAGGACCUCUUCAUGAGAGCCUCUCAGACAAACUGGGCUCCCACGUCAGCCUGGUGUGUGACACCACUGGGAUACCUGCACCCCAGAUCAGCUGGCUGAAGGACGGGACUGCAAUCGGGAGCACUGGGCGGAGUCAGGAGGAGGUGCAGGGUCACAGGCUUGAGCUGGGACCCCUGCAAAUGUCUCAUGCUGGAACCUACACCUGUGUAGCCGAGAACAGCGAGGGGCGAAGCCAGAAGGACUUUUCACUCACUGUACAGGUGCCGCCGACCAUCUUGGACUCCGGUCACCCUUCUGAUGUCAGUGCCCGUGUGGGGGCGGAGUUAACUUUAGAGUGUCAGCCUGUGGGCACGCCCACCCCUCAGCUGGCCUGGCUGAGGAAUGGCUUGUCACUGGACACCACCAAUGAGAACAUACGUGUCUCUGUGGAUGGCAGCAGGUUGACACUCCUACACCUGCGGGAGGAAGACGCAGGAUCUUACACCUGCACGGCCAGCAGUCCCACUGGGCAGGACAGCAGGACCUACACCCUGGUCAUCCUGGUCCCCCCAUCUAUACCAGAGCAGAGUGGCCCCCCGGAGGUGCACGCUCUUCUGCACAGUGUGGUCACUCUAGAGUGUCACGCUACUGGCUCCCCCCAACCUCAGAUCAGCUGGCUGAGGGACGGUCAGCCUCUGCUCCUGACCCCUCGGACCCGGCUUCUCUCCAGAGACACUGUUCUCAGGAUCUCUCCAGUGCAGCUGACAGACUCUGGGGUUUAUAUGUGUGUGGCCCGUAGUAAGGCUGGCUUGGCAGAGCGUAAAUUUCACCUGCAGGUUCAAGCCCCACCCACAGUGGAGCACACAGAGGCAAUAGAGGAUGUGAUAGUGGUUCAGGGCUCCAUGGUGACACUGACAUGUGAGGCUCAUGGCGUCCCCCCUCCCACCCUCGUCUGGCUGAAGGACGGCCAGCCACUGUCCCUCCACCACAACCUGCUGCUGGAUGACCAGGAGAUGCGAUUCCAGCUGUCCAACGUGGAGACCACACAUGCCGGCUUCUACAGCUGUGUGGCCAGCAACCAGGCUGGCAGUAGCUCCAAAACCUUCAACCUCACCGUGUUAGAGCCUCCGAAGAUCUUUGGCCCCUUGGCGACGCAGGAGCUGUUGAAGGCACUGGACGGCGUCCUAGAGCUGGGAUGCUCUGCUGAGGGAGUCCCUCCUCCCACUCUCAGCUGGCUGAAGGAUGGGCGCCCCCUAGAGGACAGCUCUGCCAUAGUACAGCAAGGUGGACAACUUCUCAGGAUCAACAAAGUUCAGGUGGAAGAUGGAGGCCUGUAUACGUGUCUGGCCAGUAGCCCAGCUGGUGAGGACAGCAGAAGCCACUGGGUGCGUGUCCAGCUUCCACCCAUGCUGGUUGGCUCCAGUGCUGUCAGAACUGUAUCAGUGCCUCUUAAUGGUCACAUGACCCUGGAGUGCCAGACAGACGGAGACCCUGUACCAGACAUUCAGUGGUACAAGGAUGAAGAAAGGUUACAGCUGGGAGGUGGCAUUCAGAGCAUUGCAGGCGGUCAGUAUCUGGAGAUUGAAGACGUGCACCUGGAGGACGGUGGUCUGUACAGCUGCACGGUGUCCAAUAUGGCUGGCAGUACUAGUCUUCAGUUCUCUGUCAUGAUCCUCUCGCCCCCUGUCAUUCGAGAGGGCAAUUCCAUCAUCACGGCACUCGUUAGUCAGAACGUGCUGCUACCGUGUGAGGUGGAGGGAGAGAGCACCCCCCUGGUUUUGUGGAGGAAAGAUGGAGGCCCAUUUCCACUCGACAAUGGCAGGUUCAUCCUGCAGACGGAGGGUUCCGUGCAGAUAAAGUCCGUGCAGCUGAGUGACGCGGGCCGGUACUACUGCAGUGUGUCAAAUGAGGCAGGCUCAGACCAGCGCAGCAUGGAGCUCCGCGUCUAUGUUGGGCCUUCAAUUAGCCCUGGCCCCUUUAAUGUAACCGUGACUACGGGUCUGCGAGCAGUUCUGAGCUGUGAGAGUACAGGUAUACCUGCUCCCCAGGUGACCUGGAAGAGAAAUGGCACACCCCUCAAUACGCAGUCUGGAACUCACAGGAUAAUGUCUUCUGGCUCUUUGGUAAUCGUGUCUGCAUCUCAUGAGGAUGAGGGCUAUUUUGAGUGCACAGUGACCAAUGAGGUGGGAGAGGAACGUAGGGUGAUCGAAGUCAUUCUUCAAGUUCCUCCGUCUAUUGAAGAUGAUGUCACCACUGUUACGGCCAAGAAGAUGACUCCUGUGGUGUUGCCGUGUCAUGCCACAGGACGUCCAGAGCCCACCGUCAGCUGGACCAGGAGUGGCGCACAGUUGGGUGCCCGUGGGGGCAGUUAUAGGAUCCUGCCCACAGGUGUGCUGGAGAUUCCGGCUGCGAGUCCUGGCCAUGCUGGGAGAUAUACCUGCACCGCACGCAACCCGGUCGGGGUGGCUUACAAACACAUCACCCUCUCUGUGCAUGAGCCUCCUGAGAUCAGUCCCAUGGCUAAAGAGGUGCAGGUGGUGCUCCACCAAGGGGCACUAUUGCCUUGCAAUGCCCAUGGCUUCCCCAAGCCCACAGUCACCUGGCAACGAGAGGGUGUUCCUAUAGCAACAGGUCACAGGCUGGCGGUGCUGACCAAUGGGGCUCUGAGGUUCUCGCGGGUCACGUUGGGCGAUGCUGGUACAUACCGGUGUCUGGCACAGAAUGCAGCGGGUACAGCCAUUGGCAGGAUGAGCCUCAUCCUUCAAGUGCCGCCGGUCCUGUCCGUGCCCAGGCUGGAGUAUACGGCUGUGCUGGGCCAGCCGCUCAGCCUGGUCUGCUCCGCUGACGGCCAGCCCAAGCCUGAGAUACAGUGGCACCGGGAGCGCCGCCCCCUGGUUGCAGGCACACACCUUCAUCUGUUCUUCAACGGGACCCUACAUGUGCCCUCCACACAGCGCAGCGAUGCCGGCACCUACACCUGCUCUGCCCAGAACGUUGCAGGUGGAGCCAGCCAUGACAUCAGAGUGCUCAUACAUGUCCCGCCCAUGAUUCCCAUUGGUCAGUCCGAGCUGUCAGUCUUGCAGGGUUUUCAGGCACUGCUGCCCUGCACUGCUCAGGGUGUACCUGAUCCCAGGGUUCACUGGGAGAAAGAUGGCACAGCAGUGCCCAGCCUACCGGGCAAGUUCACCGUGCUGCGUUCGGGAGAGCUGAUCAUCGAGAGGGCAGAGCCUGGUGAUGCAGGCCUCUUCACCUGCGUGGCCGUCAAUUCUGCAGGCACAGCUCGCCACAGCAUCCAGCUGUCCAUCAACACAAGGCCCACCUUCAAAGAGCUGCCGGGUGAUGUGACCCUCAGUGUGGGUGAGACUCUCAGCCUGGCAUGCCACGCCCAAGGAGCCCCUCCCCCCACUGUCACCUGGACAGCCAACGGCUAUGCCCACACAGGUGCAACAGUGGAUGAGUCCGGGAGAAGUUUGCUGGUGAUUGAGAAAGUAACAGUGAGUGAUGGUGGCACAUACGUUUGCACAGCAGGGAACCGCGUGGGUGCUGCUCGUGUUCUGUCGUUUGUCCGGAUCACAGAGCCUCCUGUACUGGUAGAGCAGGCCCAUGUGUCUCAGACGGUCUCCCAGGGUUCUCUGGCUGUGCUGGACUGUGCCGUACAUGGGAACCCAGCCCCUGUGCUGCGUUGGCACAAAGAUGGCCAAGCUCUGGGCUCUGACAGGCUCCACCUCCUCCGCAACGGCUCUCUGGCUCUCUACGGUGUCACGAGUGGAGACUCAGGAGAGUAUCAGUGUGUGGCUGAAAACGAGGCUGGCUCUGCAGAAAGAACCAUCUCACUGAAGGUUCAGGUUCCAGGAGGCUAUUCGGCCUGGGGGGAGUGGGGACCAUGUAGCGUCACGUGUGGACAGGGGGUCCAGGCGCGGUUCAGACUGUGCAACAAUCCAGCACCAGCUCAUGGAGGCCCACAGUGCCAGGGUCCGAAUGUGGAGUCCAGGAAAUGCCAGGCGUCGUUAUGUUCAGGGGAGAGCCCCCGUCGGGCUCGGGGAAGCCUGAUUGGGAUGGUAAAUGAGAGGGAGUUUGGUGUGGCGUUCCUCGAGGCCAACAUCACUGAGAACCCAGAGCAGAACACCAGCACCCUCAGAUCCCAUGUGACUGACAUCCCCCCGAGUGUGGGGCCUCUGUUGCGAAUACUGGUGUCUGUAUUUGCUCCCAUCUACUGGACCACAGUCUACCAGAAAGCUCAAACACAAAAUGGCUUCUCUGUCAGCCAAGGACAUUUCAGACAGGAAUCCCAGCUGGAGUUUGAGACAGGAGAGGUCCUCAAGAUGACCCAUGUGGCCAGAGGUCUGGACGCAGACGGCAUCCUGCUGGUGGACAUGGUCAUUAACGGUUUUAUUCCACGAGUACUCUCAUCACCUCAGCUUAACCUACAGGACUUUGAUGAGUCCUACAUUCAGACCGGUUCUGGGCAGCUCUAUGCCUGGUCCUCCCAGCGUCACCUGCAGAGCGGCUCUGGCUCCCCUGUGGCGCUGCGCUGUAAGCACUCGCUGGUGUUCCAGGGCUCUCCCGUACGCCAGGGUCCCCUGCUGCAGCUCCUCAGACUCACUGCCAUCAGUGCCACCUACAGGGUGUACAGCCUCAGUCUGGACUUCCACAUGACUGCUUCCCUCAUUCUUCCAGAGGGGGAUGGAGAAACUUGUCCAAAAGGAUUUGUCUUGGAUGAAGACUCUUAUUGUUCUGACGAUGACGAGUGUGCUGCGGACAUGCCCUGCUCCCACACCUGUACCAACAUUCUGGGUGGCUUCUCCUGUACCUGUUCCUCAGGCUACAGCAUCUCCACCCAGACCAACUCCUGCCAAGACAUAGACGAGUGUGCACAGGGGUCUCACAUGUGCCACCACAACCAGAAGUGUGUGAACACGGUGGGCCAUUACCGCUGUGAGGCACUGUGUGGGCCUGGAUUCAAACCUAACGCCGCCGGGAGCAACUGUGAAGAUGUGGAUGAGUGUCGUGAGUCGUCCGUGUCUCCGUGCCAACAGCAGUGCUUCAACACGCUGGGCUCCUUUCACUGUGGUUGCCUGCCUGGGUAUCAGAUGGCAGGACAUCGCUGCCUGGACAUAAACGAGUGUUUGAGGGAUGUGUGUCCAGUUCACCAGCAGUGCCAGAACACAGAGGGAGGGUACCAGUGCUUUGACAGCUGCCCAGUGGGCAUGACUCAAGCUGAGGGCGGUGUGUGCACAGAUAUAGACGAAUGUCAGGAUGGAAGUCAUUUGUGUCGGUACAGUCAGAUCUGUCGGAACACCAUUGGUGGGUACGGGUGUGUGUGUCCCAGAGGCUAUCACUCCCAGGGUGUGGGUAGACCCUGCAUAGACAUUGAUGAGUGUGCCCAGACACGCAGCCCUUGUGCCCAUCAGUGCCGUAACGUGCCAGGCAGUUUCCGCUGCGUGUGCCCGCUGGGCGCCAUACUGCUGGGUGAUGGGCGCUCCUGUGCGGGGCUGGAGAGAGGGCGUAUCUUCAGCAACGGCACCGGCGUCCGGGCCAGACUACGUCCCCAGUUGGUGUCUGCAGUGGGCCAACCCUUCCUGACCCAACUCCAGCGGCAGCACCAGGGAGCUUCCCGGAGCCCCAGACAUGGCUGUCAGAUUGGGUACACCAGCAAGGAUGGCACCUGUGUGGACGUCAAUGAGUGUGUGCUCAGAAAGCCAUGCCAGCAUGCGUGCAGAAACACACCAGGGGGUUUCCAGUGUUUGUGCCCAUCAGGAUACCAGCUUUCAUCUAAUGGCCGGACCUGCAAAGAUAUUGAUGAGUGCACUGAACAGGGCAUACAAUGUGGAUCAAACCAAAUGUGCUUUAAUACGAGGGGGGGAUAUCAGUGUUUGGACACGCCUUGCCCCACCAGCUACCUGAGAGGAGGCAGUCCAGGUACCUGUUACAGGCUGUGUUCCCGGGACUGUGGGUCAGGCACCUCCACCCUGCUGCUUCAGUACAAGCUCCUGACACUUCCCCUGGGAAUCCCCGGCCAGCACAACGUCAUCCGUUUGUCGGCCUUCUCCGAGUCCGGCGUCCUCCAGGAGCAGACCUCCUUCGUGAUCCUGGAGCAAAGUGGCGAGAUCGAAGGUCAACCGUUUGGUAUCAAGGAUGAAGAUGGGCGAGGCAUCAUCUUCACCACGCAACCGCUGGAUCGACCUGGCCUGGCCAGGCUGAGGGUGCAGGCGACCACGAUGUCCGAGCAUGGCCGCAUCACCUACCAGAGCAUGUUCAUCAUCUAUAUCUCCGUCUCCGUGUACCCAUUCUGAUCUCCCAGCCUAGCAGAGCCACAGGGACUCUGAGCACCUCAGCUGGUGGACACUGAAAAGACCCUUGAUGAACACAUCAACGCAAAAAAAACACCUCUGAGCCAAAGAGUGUAGUAUAAUCAGGGAAUGUUGUCCAUGGUCCCCUGCUACAGUCAGCUCUCUAGCGCUACAAAAUUCCCACUAAUGCUCUCAUGAAAUCAAGAAGGAUUGACACCUCUGACACUCCACGCUGAUUCAGAAUAUGUAGCAUUACUGAUGCUGGUUAUUGUGGCCACUGAUUUACCUGGAUUGAUUUAUAUUUUCAUUUUUUAUUGCAGUAUAUUAUUAAUUAUAAAUAUAAUUCACAGGUAGUAAAUAAAGAUAAGUUAACAGUUUAAAGGGUUAUUAAACCACCAUUGUAUCAAAUUCUGUCAAAAUGAUAAUGGGUGAUAAUUAUUUUUAAUGUUUUUACCUUGAAAUCAUUUUCAUAUUUUUUAAUUUUUUUUAAAUUUGUGUAUGUGUGUGUGUGGGUAUUGGUUUUGUACUUUGGCUCAAUAGUAUCUGUGUUUCUGCCCUGACUACGUUACUGGCUAUACUACUCCUUUAACACUGAUGUGUCUCUUCAAAUGGCCGUUGAUGUUUUAUUCAAAUCCAUAAAAUUUCUUAAUCAGUAAGUACAAUAAUUUGUGCGAUGACUUGACAUGAAUUAUAUAAUUAAAUUCAAAGUCCAUGAUGUUUUGUGUAAUGUCCACGUUGAUCAGUCCUACUGUAAUAAAACUGCAAUUUCAUAGUCAACUAAAAAACAUCAUGUCAAUUAUGGAGUGUGUGUGUUACAGGGAUGUGUCUGUGCAUUUGAGUUCCACAUCAGGAUGUCCUGGUCUGAGCAGAGGAUUUCCAGAGAGGCAGAUGCAGGGGCAGGUGUGGGUCUCGGUGCAGAUGAAACUCCUUCUGAGAGCAUGCAGCUUGAACAGUUGCCAGACAGGCUCAAUGAGACAAAUACGAGACAGGAGAUGAGAUUACUCACACAGAUGCCGAUAACCUGUGUGAUGGAGAGGCAGCAGGGUUGGAGUGGGGGGUGUCGCGGAAUGUUGACGGUUUGCUGGGAAUUCUGUUCUGGUCAGAAAGCAUCCCUGGAGAGAAUUGGGUGUGAGGUUGAGUAUGCUUCCUCCUCUCUGACCUCCCAUGACAUCAGAUGUGGGAUGGCACCAUGACACUACAAGCUCUGGGCUGUUGGCACAGUUAAAAUCCCUGCUGUGAGGGGACAGUUGUCACAGUCUCCCCCUCGACUCCGUUUUCGUUUUCAUCUCAUUUGCAUGGUGUUAGUCACCGUGUGAUUUUGUUUUGUUUGUGUUCCUUCUCUGCCCUGCCUUGUUCUGUGAUUCUGAGACUGUGCAUGUGGUCUUUGCUUUGAUGUUUUGUUUACAUUUAUGGUUGUAUUCCGUCUUGGAUUCCCUGUUCCUUCGGGUUUUAUGGUUUUCUUUUUCAGCUGCCCCUUUGGAUGUGCACAUGGUUGGUUUCCUUUUGUUUAAUUAAAAUGU